CGGAAGCAGUUUGCUACGGCAUAGACACUUGGCGCUUUCUGUUCUGCUCUGUUUGUUCGGUGGGGUCGCAAAUAGCAGUUUUCAUCAACUGGGAUCGGAAUCACAGUUUUACCGGACUCGCCAUGGCCGCCCGACACCAUCGUCUUUUUUAGUCCACCCCCUCCCGGCACCCCAGUCGCCGAAACAGUCGGACAAACUUUUUUUUUUUUUAAUUUUCCCCUCCACCCCGCCGUGAUCAACUUUUGGAGUUUUUCGCGUCGUUUUUAUGUCCAGAACGAAGGAUGCAACCCCCACCGAGAAAGGUCCGGGUCACCCAGGAGCUGAAACACGCUCAUGGCGAGCAGCUGAGCAGACUGCACGUCAAACACCAGGCCGAGUGUGACCUUCUGGAGGAUCUGAGAACUUUUAGCCAAAAGAGGGCAUCUGUUGAGCGGGACUACGCCCAGGCCCUGCAAAAGUUGGCGAAUCAGUACCUAAAGAGAGAAUGGCCCGACAGCUUGUCAGAAGAUGCAGAUCACAGGAACAUGUAUUGCGUAUGGAGGGCUUAUCUGGAGGGUACUGUCCAGGUCACUCAGUCCAGGAUCAGCGCCUGCGACAACUACAAAGUGCAGGUCGCUGAGCCGGCAAAAACGGCCCGGCUGCAAAAGGAGCAGCAGCUGCGCAAGUGUAUCGAACGGCUGACGAGCAUCCAGGCUGAGCUGCAGGAGUCGGUCAAGGACCUGACGAAGAGCAGGAAGAAGUACCAGGAGGCAGAGACAAUGGCCCAAGCAGUGCGGGAGAAGGCCGAGCUGGAAGCCAAGUCCAAACUAAGUCUCUUCCAGUCCAGAUCUAGUCUGCAGAGGGCAACAGUCAAGCUGAAAGCCAAGCGAAGCGAGUGCAACUCCAAAGCCACCCACGGCCGGAACGACUACCUGCUCACACUAGCGGCUGCCAACGCCCACCAGGAGCGCUACUACGACACCGACCUAAGCGACUGCCUCAAGGUACUGGACGGUAGAAUAUAUGAGCAGGUGAAGGACUACCUGGUGUCGCUGUGUCAGACAGAGCUGGAGAGCUACCAGGCCGUGCACAACGUCUUCAACAAGUUGUUGGAAAGCUCCAACGGGGUACUGCAGGAGUUCCAUCAGCAGAUGUUUGUUCAAAAGAAUCCCGUUUUCCAGAAAGCAGCCGACUUUUUGUACCAGCCCAUCGACACGGAUACGGUGACACAUCUACUAAAAGAGAGCGGCACAGUGGAGGAGCACAGCCUGGACAAGGAGGCCCGCAAGUGGGCCACUCGAGUGGCCAGAGAGUACAAGAGUAUCAUCCACACACAGCGGGUCCUGGAGGAAUUUGGGUCUCAGGAGAGCUCAGAGGCGAAUGGCGGGGAGCUGGAAGCCAAGAUGGAAGUGGCGAGACAGACUCUGCGGAGGGCAGAGACAGUAAAGGUGAAGGCUGAGGCCCGUCUGGACCUCCUGAGGCAAGCGGGUGUCGGAGUGGAAACAUGGUUGAAGAGUGCCAUGAACCAAGUGAUGGAGGAGUUGGAGAACGAGCGCUGGAACAACCUCAGUGCCCACGAUCCUUCACUUUCUGGAACGGCUGACCUGGAGCGCGAGGAGGACGAGGAGACCGAGGACAGCGGCGAAGUUUUGGACGACAGCAGCUCCAGCCCCUCCAGCACCUUGAAGAAUUACCCCCUCACGUGCAAAGUUCUCUAUUCCUACAAGGCCUCACAACCAGAUGAACUGACCAUCGAAGAGCAGGAAAUCUUAGAGGUCAUCGACGACGGUGACAUGGAGGACUGGGUGAAGGCCAGAAAUCGUGGCGGCCAGGUAGGCUACGUCCCAGAAAAGUACUUGCAGCUGCCAUCCUCCAACAGCCUGCUGAGCAUGCUGCAGUCUCUGGCCGCGCUGGACGCUCGCUCGCACUCCUCCAGCAACUCCACCGAACCCGAAACGGAGCUUCCCACCGCCUCAAUCAACGGAGACUCCAGCGUGUCGUUCGCCAAGGCCUUGUACGACUACGCCGGCCAGACGGACGACGAGCUCUCCUUCCCCGAGGGCGCCAUCAUCCGCAUCCUGAGCCGGGAGACUCACGAGGACGACGGCUUCUGGGAGGGCGAAUUCAACGGCGUUGUCGGCGUCUUCCCUGCCGUCCUGGUCGAAGACUUGGCCGGCGGGGCAAGCGAGAACGGCAACGGGCAGAGAGACGGCAGCAGCGCUCAGUCUUCCCCUUGUACGCUGGCCAACUGCGAGCGCUCCCCUUGCAGCCCCUCCCAUUCUGGACCGCUCCACAGCAGCCCCCUGCAGACCCCCACCACCUUGUCGUUGCCCCAAUCCGGCCCCUGCAGCGCCGCCGCCUCGCCUAUUGGACGGCCGCCCGCCUACCACAAUGGGCACCACCGGCCGCCACCCGUCACUCCGCACAAAAGCUCCUUUCACAGUCCGGCACAAGUAUCCCCCCAGCCUCCCAAAUACCCAGAGAGUGCAUCAGGCAACAUCCGACCUGUCCGAGCUGCUCCUCCACCCCCCAAGCAGCACCCACGGGGGCAGGUGAAGCGGCGGGAGGAGGUGGAGAUCACGUUGGUGUGAAGCGGGGAUAAGAACCCCCCCAGAGGACGCUUCACACGGCCAGUGCUUUUGCUGAAAGAACAAACAAAUGUGCCUUUCUCGUCUUCAAACCCAACACAUCUUCAUUUUGAUUAGAACACCCUUUUUUUUUUCUGCGCGAGAAAAUGGCUGACGACAUGUUCAAGACUGUCAUGUAAUUUCACAUUCGUUUAGGUGGUGGGGGGGGGGGCGAGGCUGGUCCUGGCUCCUCCCACCCCC